AUCGUACACUUUACUGGAAAGAUCUCAGCCGUUUAUUUAACCAUCAAAAAACAAUUAAAUACUUUUAUUGGCCUUUCUCCGGCUUAUGUUGUUAGUCUUUUGAGAUUUUGGGUUUGGAAAUUUUGGAGCUCUCACGGCGAAGAUCAGGAUUUGGUACCUGUGAUGGAACAUUUGUUUCAAAUAUGAAAUCAACAGUGUCUACAGCUGCAUACUGUAUAAAGAAUUAACAAAUUGAGGCAAAUAUCCUUAUGGAAACUCAUGCAGAUGGAGACAGUGCACUAAUGAUUGGGGAGACUGAGCCAUGUAUCAUGCAGAUUGAUCCAAAAAGAGCCCGGUUCCCAUGUUGCAUAGUGUGGUCACCUCUUCCCGUUUUUUCAUGGUUUGUCCCUUUCAUCGGCCACAUUGGUAUAUGCAGAGAGGAUGGGGUCAUCUUAGACUUUGCAGGACCCAAUUUCGUAUGUGUUGAUCACUUUGCCUUUGGGGCGGCAACACGGUACAUUCAGAUAACCAAAGAUAAGCAGUGUUGCUGCAUUUCGCCCAGCAUGUCUGAGCACGAAAGUCAGAUUAGGUGCAAUCGAACAGAGCUGCAAAGUGAGAUAAUGACAUGGGAUGAUGCCAUACGGAAGAGCACGCAAGAAUUCCAACACCGGGAUUACAGUUUGUUCACAUGUAAUUGUCACUCAUUUGUUGCAAAUAAUCUGAACAGGUUGGGAUAUGGUACUGCGACUGGGAGAUGGAAUGUAGUGAAUUUGGCAGUUUUGAUCUUCCUCAAAGGUCGUUGGGUAAGUAAAACUGCAAUUGUCAAAUCAUGCUUACCUUUUGUUGUAGUAUUCAGUUUAGGGGUAACAUUUGGGGGUUGGACAUUCUUAACUGUACUGGCAUCUUUCACUGCCAUUGUUGUUGGUUGGUUUCUUCUCGGCACCUACUGCUUUAAGAGUCUGAUCCAGUUGUAGUGGAAGUCGUAGCUUUAGAAUUAUCGGAGUAUUACUGCUAAAUUGUAACCUGGCAAACACAUUUAUAUAAGAGAAGAUUUUUGUAUCU